AGACUUUGUUUUGAAUGGACAGAAGGUGGUUGAACGAUGAGGCAGGACUGAUUCAAGUCCUGAAGAUGAAGGAAGAAGGGGACAGAGAUGAGUCUCCAGUAUCCAGCUGUGUGUCCAUGAAGAGUGACGGGUCCAGAUUUGAACCUCCAGUCUUCAGUGAUGAAACUGGACCCUCUGACAUAAAAGUUCGUUAUCGCAGACCUCAGAGAGGUGAGUCUCCAGUAUCCAGCUGUGUGUCCAUGAAGAGUGACGGGUCCAGAUUUGAACCUCCAGUCUUCAGUGAUGAACCUGGACCCCCAGACACAAAAGUUCGUUAUCGCAGACCUCAGAGAGGUGAGUCUCCAGUAUCCAGCUGUGUGUCCAUGAAGAGUGACGGGUCCAGAUUUGAACCUCCAGUCUUCAGUGAUGAGCCUGGACCCUCUGACACAAAAGGUCGUUACCACAGACCUCAAAGAAGUGAGUCUCCAGUAUCCAGCUUUAUGUCCAUGAAAAGUGAUGGGUCCAGAUUUGAACCUCCAGUCUUCAGUGAUGAACCUGGACCCUCAGACAUAAAACUGGGGAGUCAUGUUUCUGUGGAGCAGCAGCUGUCCUGCUGUGCUUUGUGUCAGGACGUCCUGAAGGAUCCGCUCUUUACCAGCUGUGGACACUGGUUCUGCAGACAGUGCAUCAGCUCAUACUGGGACCAGUGUGCUUCAUCAGGAGACUCCUCCUGUCCCCAGUGUGGACAUAGAUCAAGAACAGGUGUUGGUCUGCAGGAGGUCUUAGCUGAACAUAAGAUCAGUCUGAGGAGGAGAUGUGAACGUGUGACUGAAGGAACUGAUGUAACAGGAAGUGGAAUCCUCCUCAACAGGAUCUACACUGAGCUCUACAUCACAGAGGGACUGAGUGAAGAGGUGAAUGUUCAACAUGAGGUGAAGCAACUUGAGACAGCUUCCAAGAAGUCCCUCCAUGACACUCCAAUCAAGUGCCAUGACAUCUUUAAAGCCUUACCUGACCAACAGAGACACGUCAGAGUGGUUCUGACCAAUGGUGUCGCUGGUGUUGGAAAAACCUUCUUGGUGCAGAAGUUCACUCUGGACUGGGCAGAGGGUUUGGAAAACCAAGAUGUCAGUGUGGUGAUUGUGCUUUCAUUCAAGGAGCUCAACUUGAUCAAAGAUGAGCAGUACUGUCUUCUCGGGCUGCUCCAUGUUUUCCAUCCAACAUUACAGAAGGUCACAGCAGAGAAGUUGUCUAUCUGUAAGCUUCUGUUCAUCUUUGAUGGCCUGGAUGAAAACAGACUUUCACUGGACUUCACCAACAGUCAGGUUGUGUCUGAUGUCACACAGAAGGCAUCAGUCAGUCUUCUGCUGACAAACCUCAUCAAGGGGAAACUGCUUCCCUCAGCUCUGGUCUGGAUAACUUCCAGACCUGCAGCAGCCAAUCAGAUCCCUCCAACAUGUGUUGACAGGGUCACAGAAGUACGAGGCUUCACUGAUGUCCAGAAGGAGGAGUACUUCAGGAGGAGGUUCAGUGAUGAAGAGUUGUUCAGCAGAAUCAUCUCCCACAUCAAGACCUCCAGGAGCCUCCACAUCCUGUGUAGAAUCCCAGUCUUCUGCUGGAUCACUGCUACAGUUCUGGAGCACAUGUUGGCUAUGGAGCAAAGAGGAGAGUUGCCCAAGACCCUGACUGACAUGUAUUCACACUUCCUGGUUGUUCAGACAAAGAAAAAGAAGAGCAAGUACCAUGAGGGACAUGAGAUUAGACCGAGAGAAGUUCUUCUGAAGCUGGGAAGGCUGGCGUUUGAACAUUUGGACAAAGGAAACAUCAUGUUCUAUCAAGAAGACUUGGAGCAUUGUGGUCUUGAUGUGACGGAGGCCUUAGUCUACUCAGGAGUUUGUACAGAGAUCUUCAAAAGAGAGAGUGUGAUCUUCCAGAAAACAGUCUACUGCUUUGUUCAUCUAAGCAUUCAGGAGUUUCUGGCUGCAGUCUACAUGUUCCACUGUUACACCAACAGACAGACAGAGGUACUGGAGGACUUCCUGGAGAAAGAUCAGCAUUCCAUUAAGUCUCUGGAUGACUUCCUGUUGAGAGCCAUGAAGAAAUCCUUGCAGAGUAAAAAUGGUCACCUGGACCUGUUUGUUCGCUUCCUUCAUGGCCUCUCUCUGGAGUAUAACCAGAUACUCUUGGGAGGCCUUCUGGGUCACACUGAGAACAGUCCAGAAACCAUCCAGAGAGCCAUUAACAACCUGAAGGAUAUGAACACAUGUCAAUUCUGUCCUGACAGAAGCAUCAACAUCUUCCACUGUCUGACGGAGAUGAGAGACCUCUCAGUUCAUCAGGAGAUCCAAGAGUUCCUGAAGUCAGAGAGCAGAUCAGAGAAAAAACUCUCUGAGAUCCAGUGCUCAGCUCUGGCCUACAUGCUGCAGAUGUCAGACAAGGUUCUGGAUGAGCUGGACCUGGACAAGUACAAUGCAUCAUGGGAGGGACGAAGGAGGCUGUGUCCAGCUGUGAUGAACUGUAAAAAGGCUCGACUUUCUAGAUGUGGACUUGGACAGAAUCACUGUGAUGUUGUGUCCUUAGCUCUGAUGUCCAACCCCUCCCAUUUGAGAGAUUUGGACCUGAGGGGAAACAAUCUGCAGGCUGCAGGAGUGAAUAUCUUUGUUGCACUGGGCAGUCCAAACUGUAAACUGGAGACUCUGAGUCUGUGGGGCUGCAGUUUGUCAGAGAUCAACUGUGAUUCUAUAGUCUCAGCUCUGAAGGCCAACCCUUCCCAUCUGAGAGAACUGGACCUGAGUGACAACAACCUGCAAGAUGCAGGAGUGAAGCGGCUAUGUGGUUUUCUGGAGAGUCGACAAUGUAGACUGGAGAUUCUGAGGUCAGUUCACUGA